UUGUGUAAUUAUUAUAAGGCCAUAUGAUCGAGAGGACGAAACCAGACCGCAAAAAAGACCAACGCAACGCAAGCUUCGAUGCGUGGGACUUUCUUACAUAGCCAGGGAGAGAGAGGGAGGUGCUGACCAUUUCAAUGCUGGUGGCAGCUGACGGAGUCGCAUUCAGAGACGUGGCGGGAAGAUGGGAUAUCAGCGAUAAAUCCUGCAGGCCAGUUAAAGAGAGGGGACCUUCUGAUCUAAUUCCUGAAUUCAUUUGAGAUACACAACAGAGCCUAAGGAGCCUUUCGAAGCGCAUCUUCUGAGGAGUGAAUGAUGCAUUUCCCAGGAUCCCAGUUUACAACAUAUGGCACAAGGACAGGAGGUUAGAUAUUCUGCAUUGUCAAACUGCGAAUCCUAUUUCGAACGCAUCCAAUCUACGAAGAAACUUCCCAAGUUCUUACAGGAGACGCUGAAUGAUGCAUUUGCCAGGAUCCCAGUUUCCUCAUUUCCUGGAGUUUCGGUAGGCAGAGUUAUUGAGAUUCCAGCAGACACAACUAUUCCUCAUGCUGUGAAGAUUCUAUCUGAGUGCAACAUUUUAUCAGCUCCUGUAACAAAUCCAAAUGCAAGAGCAAGUAUAAAUUGGAGAGAAAGGUACCUUGGAAUUGUGGAUUAUUCGGCGAUUAUCUUGUGGGUCAUGGAGAGUGCGGAACUUGCUGCAGCUUCUUUAUCUGCUGGUUCAGCUACUGCUAUUGGAGUUGGUGCAGGAGCAGUUGGUGCUCUUGGAGCAUUGGCAUUAGGCGCGACAGGCCCCAUUGCAGUUGCAGGGAUAGCUGCAGCGGCGGUUGGAGCUGCUGUGGCUGGUGGAGUUGCUGUUGACAGAGGAAUCGGUAAAGAUGCUGCCACAGCGGCUGAUAGUUUAGGACAAGAUUUUUACAAAGUCUUACUGCAAGAAGAACCAUUCAAAUCAACAACAGUUCAGUCGAUAUUGAAAUCCUACCGCUGGGCUCCAUUUCUUCCAGUGACCCUAGAUAAUUCCAUGUUAGGUGUCUUAUUGCUACUCUCAAAAUAUAGAUUGAGGAAUGUACCUGUCAUCGAACCAGGGAAACCCGACAUCAAGAAUUACAUAACUCAAUCUGCAGUGGUUCAGGGUCUCGAAAGGUGUAGAGGAAGGGACUGGUUUGACUGUAUAGCUGCAAGACCUAUUUCCGAUUUAGGACUUCCUUUCAUGUCUUGUAACGAGGUCAUUACCAUCCAAAGCCAAGAGUUGAUACUGGAAGCUUUCAAGCGAAUGAGAGAUAAUCACAUUGGUGGGCUUCCAGUUGUCGAGGGGCCAAAGAACAGAAUUGUGGGAAAUAUAAGUAUAAGAGACAUAAGAUAUUUACUGCUUAAGCCUGAAAUUUUCUCCAAUUUCAGGAAGCUUACUGUUAUGGAUUUCAUCAAGACAGUAGUUAUGUUGAUCCAAGAUGUUGGGAAACUAGCCCCGCCUAUCAUAUGCAAACUCGAUUCGACUCUCGGCUCUGUUAUUCAUAGUCUUGCUUCCAAGUCAGUCCACAGGAUCUAUGUCGUAGCUGCUGAUGACGAAGUUGUAGGGGUCAUCACCCUAAGGGACGUGAUCUCGUGCUUCAUUUUUGAGCCACCCAACUACAUCAUCAACAACUUUGGAUUCUCUGCCGAAGAAAUGUUGAAUCAGUGACAUUUAUAAGUUUUCCUUACAAAUCAUAAAUAUUUAAGAUGUAAAAGAGUUGCGAGAUCUGGUUUGGCACCAGAAGUAUACUAAUUACUUGGUUUAUGU